ACAUCCGGCCCGGGGUCCUUCUCAGCAACACCCUUCCAAGAUGGCAGCCAACAGUAGCAGCACGGGAAGCAAACCCAGCAACAGCGCCUGGGGAAAACCGUCCGGCCCGUCCGCCGAGCAGGUGGUGGCAACAUUUCAGAGGAUGCGUCAGGAGCAGCGCGGUAUGGCGUCUAAAUCUGCAGAGUUGGAGAUGGAGAUCAACGAGCACAGCUUAGUAAUUGAAACCCUGAAGGAAGUGGACCCUUCAAGGAAAUGCUUUCGUCUAGUAGGAGGAGUGUUGGUGGAGCGGACAGUAAAAGAAGUUCUACCAGCCUUGGAAACCAACAAAGAACAGAUCUCAAAAAUUAUCGACACCAUCAACACACAGAUGCAGACGAAAGGACGGGAGCUGACGGAGUACAGGGAGCGCUACAACAUCCGGCUGAUGGGGGAGGGAGAAGGGGAGACGCAGGGCCAGUCGGCAGCGUCAUCCAGGGACAACGAAGGAGGCGGGUCUAAAAGCGGAGCCGGUGUUUUAGUGUCGUAGUUUGUGAUAACGGAGGGCGACCGUAGGGCCAUAUUAUUUCUGAAGUACUGGUUAAAAAAAAAAACGGUUGGAGUCAUGGAAUAUAGGUUUCAAAUUGAACUUUUCACACAAUAACAUUGGUUUUGAUUAAAUUUCUGCUUUACACUUGGUAUUGAAGUUCUUUGCAACAGACACAAACUCACUAUACAUAGCGUUAUGUAUGUGUGAAUGACAGUUAAGGGUGUUGGUCUUACGUCUGCCUUUCAAUGAAGCUGACUUCUUUUAAUUUCUGAAAUAUUAUGGCAUAAAUUAAACAAUUAAAGUCUGAGUACUUGUUAUAGUCUUACUCUCAUUUACACAUGAGCAAAUAAAUAUUUCCCCCCCAUAAUAAUAUAAUAUAAUUCCCAAAGGUGCUAGGUUAAAAAUUCACAGCAAAAAAACAAUGCCUAAAACAUACUCGAGUGCACAUGAAAUUAAAAACAAAUCACAGUGCAUUUUUAGGUAAACACACGCAUUUUGUAGACUUAGAAUUAGCUAGGAAAAAAAACUGAUUUCACAAGGCCCUUUAGUAGGUUAAGCUUUAUAAAAAUGCACCCUUUCCAAGGCAGUUCAGGUCCUAGAAGGCUUUUUGACAACAUCUGUUUUGAGCACGAACAAGAGAUUAUUCUGUAAACAUGUCACUAUAGAUCAAAGAGAAUGUGUCACCUUUGUUCACCAGUUUUCUGUGAAAUAUUUUAGUCACGAUUGUUUCCACGUAAUUUAAGGUCAGUUAUUUGUUCAGUGGUAACUAAAGCACAUGUCAUGGAUUGAAAAGUGAGUGACAAGAAGUCAGAGCUACCAAAACCUCAAUAUUUAAUGAAGCCCUGCCACUGAAAUGAAAGUUGUCAUAUUCUUUCUGGUCUGUAGCUUGAUCUUGGUUAAAUUAAUUUGUUAACUCAGUCUAAACUUUGGAAAUGCCGCCCAGGACCUGAUGUGAGAUGUCUGCACUGUUCAUGUAGUCGUCAAGACAAAAAUGUUUUUGUUGAUGGUCAUGAAUAAAAAAAUAUCACAACUGUG